AUGUUGGCUCGUUCUUUGACGCUUUCACGCGGUGAGGUAGUUUUGUACGCAAGUCGUGCAUUGUCAACGUCGAAACCGACUGGUAAAAGAGUGAAGACUUUUGAGAUCUACCGUUGGAAUCCCGAUACGCCAUCCGUAAAGCCUACGUUGAAGAAAUACGAUGUUGACCUCGAUGAUUGCGGUUCUAUGGUUUUGGACGCUCUUAAUAAGAUUAAGGAUGAACAAGAUCCCACGCUAACCUUCCGAAGGAGUUGUCGUGAAGGAAUCUGUGGCUCAUGUGCAAUGAAUAUUGAUGGAGAGAACACCUUGGCAUGUAUCAAGAAAAUCAACACAGAUACGAGUAAAUCUACUAAGAUCCACCCUCUGCCGCAUAUGUAUGUUAUGAAGGAUCUCGUCCCUGACCUGACGCUAUUCUUUGAGCAGUACAGAUCCAUCCAGCCAUGGCUUCAGAAGAAGACGCCCCUCAAAUUGGGUGACAAGCAGAUGUUCCAGAGUGAGAAAGAGCGUGAGAGAUUGGAUAUGCUCUAUGAAUGUAUUUUGUGCGCAUGUUGUUCCUCAUCCUGCCCUUCAUACUGGUGGAAUGCUGACAAAUACCUUGGACCGGCUGUACUCAUGCAAGCUUACAGGUACAAUCACUUUUAA